AUGUAUUCAGUCCUGCCCCAAGUCUCAGCCUAUGUCUCUCUCCUCUCCCCCAUUGUCUCUACUCAUCUUUCCGUCUUCCAGAUGCAUCACUUCCACCACUUGGUGGAGGAUUCUCUCUCCUACAAUUUUGCCAGCCAUUACCAGCAAGGUACAUGGGUGGAAAGUCUCGUCGCUCUGCGCACCUUCUCCCUCCCCAUUCUGCUCGAUUUCCCUCUUGUAGGACACGAGGAGUACUGUAUAGGAUGUAGGGAUACAUCAUCCAUUGACGCUUUGACCUCUCAGCCCUUUCCCAGCGUGUCCUCAGCCCUCCCGACCCGAAAGGAGGGGAGGGAGGGCGGGAGGGAGGGCGGGAGGGAGGGCGGG